AACGUUGCUGCUCCACCCACCUUUUACGUGCACUUUAAAGAAGAACAGUGCCAACGCGUACUCCUCAACUCAGGAUAAACGGGUGUACUCAAGCAGAAAUCACUGCAGGCUUGGGAGAAUAUGCAGCUGCUCUUUUUAAGGACACUUGCCCUGUUUGUUGGGGUCACAGUUGCUGUGCCUGCACAGGAGAAGCGUGUACAUCAUAAGCCUGACCUCAGUGACCAUGCUCAUGAUGAUGCCCAUGGAUACCAGUAUGACCACGAGGCCUUCCUGGGCAAAGAGGAAGCCAAGACCUUUGACCAGCUAAGCCCUGAGGAGAGCAAAGAGAGACUAGGAAAGAUUGUGGAUAGGAUUGACACAGAUAAGGACGGGUUCAUAAGUCAUGCUGAGCUUCACCACUGGAUCAAGCACAGGCAGAGGAGGUACAUCGAAGAGAAUGUGGACAAGCACUGGAAAGAGUAUGACCAGAACAAGGAUGGGAAGAUUGGCUGGAUCGAGUACAAAAACACCACCUACGGAUAUUACAUGGAUGUAGAGUUUGAUGAUGUGGAUGAUAAGGCGAGUUACAAAGCCAUGCUCACCAGAGAUGAAAGACGUUUCAAGACCGCAGACCGGGAUGGGGACGGUGUUGCUACCAGAGAAGAGUUCACUGCCUUUCUCCAUCCAGAGGAGUUUGACCACAUGAGAGGCAUUGUGAUACAGGAAACAAUUGAAGACAUUGACAAGAAUGGAGAUGGCAGGAUUGAUCUGCAGGAAUACAUAGGGGACAUGUUUACCCCUGAAAAUGGAGAGAACGAACCAGACUGGGUCACAACAGAAAAGAAACACUUUUCAGAGUUCAGAGACAUGAACAAGGAUGGUUUCCUUGAUGCCAAUGAAGUCUCUCAUUGGAUCCUCCCUGGAGAGGUUGACCAUGCUGAUAAUGAGGCCCGGCAUCUCAUUCAUGAAACUGAUCAAGACAAUGAUGGUCGUCUCUCUAUCAGUGAGAUCAUGGAAAAAAUGGAUUUCAUUAAAGUCAGCACUAUAACUGACUUUGGGACACUGACAGAAGCUCAUGAUGAACUUUAACCUCCUUAUGACCACAAAAAGCCUGAAUGUGUCUUAAAACUAUUAAAAAAGGACAAAUGUGA